UUACACUUUAAGGUUGUUAGUUAUUUAAUUCUAAAUUAAAACGUUACAUUUAUUUAUAUACAAAAUUUUAAAUUAGAUUUACCAUUUGUGUAAGAAAAUAUGCCAAAUGUCGUUAUGGUAGUUAUAGAAGCAAAAAUAGUAAGAAUAAUUUGGUAAGGAGAAAGAUAUGAAGAGGAAAGAUUGAAAAGGUUGAGAGGGUUUGUUGUGUUUUAGAAGAAGUGGGAAUAUUUUACGGUGGGAGUGGGAGUGAAAGUGGAGUUUUAUUUCGAUAUUACUCCGGCGACGGUCUGAUUCUCUCGCGCUCCCGUUACUUCUUGUUUCCCUGAAUACCUUUUAACGGUGUGUUCAGGGUUAAUAAGGGAUUCAAGAAAAAAUAUGCUAAGUUUGCCUGCUCUUCUGUUAAUCUGUAUCCAGCGAGCAUUUGAUUUUUACCCCCUAAAGCCAAUAUAGACAAUGUCAUCAUUGCCUUCAGGAAACUAACAUUGUUGUGAGGGGAUUUGGAAUGCACUGCUGCUAUUCUCACCUGGAUGAGAUUGUUCGAAAUGGCCGUUGCCAUUGAUCAACAACACCAUGGAUUUAAGCCAUUUAGUCGAUCCCAGAGAUGCAAACUCCAAUCCUUUGGUCACCUUGAUUACAACAACAUUCUUGAACUCAACCAAACUACUAUUCUAGCAUUUCAAGCCGAUAAUAUUCACCGCAGUUUCUCCACUCCAUGUCUACCCUUAACCGGGGUAGAAGAUCUCAAUCCUCCUCAUCCUAGGAUUGAGAUCGUUCGUGGAAGUGGAGCUCCGGUACACGCUCUAGUCGUCGAGGUUGCAGUUGCUAUGGCCUCAGGUAUUCAACCUAUUCCACUCCCUAGUGGACUUGGUGGUGCCUAUGUUUUCCAUAACCAAAAUGGUAACAACAUUGCUGUAGCAAAACCAGUAGACGAAGAACCUUUCGCCUUGAAUAACCCGGAAGGCUUACAAAGUACUAAUCAUCAAAUGCUAGGCCAACCUAGCUUAAAGCGUCCCAUUCGAAUCGGCGAAACUGGUAUAAGAGAAUUAGCUGCUUAUCUACUUGAUCAUGGAGGAUUUUCUGGUGUGCCACCAACUGCUUUAGUUAAAUUCUGUCAUGCUACAUUCUCCGAUUCUUCUGCCACUGUUAAACUCGCUUCACUCCAACGCUUUGUUGGUCAUGGUUUCGAUGCAGGAGAGUUAGGCCCUUCUCUCUUUUCAGUUGAUUCUGUUCACAAAAUUGGUAUUCUAGACAUUAGGCUUAUGAAUCUUGAUAGACAUGCAGGGAAUAUGCUUGUUAUGAAACAUGAUCACAAUAGUUUUGUUAAUGGCAAUGCUGCGGCCGAUCUUGUUCCGAUUGAUCACGGCUUUUGCUUACCUGAGUGGCUAGAUGAUCCAUAUUUUGAGUGGCUGCAUUGGCCACAAGCUUCAAUUCCUUUCUCUGAAUCAGAACUUGAGUAUAUUUCAAAACUUGAUCCUUUUAAAGACGCUGAUAUUCUAAGAUCCGAGGUUCCUUCGUUGAGAGAAUCAUCUAUUCGCGUUCUUAUCGUUUGCACGGUUUUCUUGAAACAAGCUGCUGUUGCUGGCCUUUGUCUUGCUGAUAUAGGCCAGAUGAUGACAAGGGAAUUUUGCCGUGGCGAGGAAUCGUCAAGCGAAUUGGAAAACAUUUGUUUGAAACUCAAGACUAAUAUCAACAAUGAGAAUGGAAAAGAACAAGAUGAAAAAGAGACUAAUUGUGGAAUUAGUGGCAUUUCUUUUGGUGACAUGAACAAAGGUGAAUGGGAAUUGUUUUUGGAGAAUUUUGAUAAGUUUGUUAUUGGAGUUUUUGAGGAUAACAAGUGUAAGAAUUGAACAAGUUGGAAGAACAUCAAGGAAAGUUGAUGAAUGUUAUUAGGAAGAUAGGGAACCAAAGCCAGAUGAAGAAUCAUAUGAAUCACUGUUGCUUAUAAAUAAUUGUAUAUUAUUAAUAUUGUCAAAAAAAAUAAAAAAAAUUAUUAGUAUUAGGUUGUGUAGAUAUGAAGUAAUCAUAUGACAAAGAUAUGGAAUAGUGAUUGGGGAGCUUCUAAUUAAUGCCAUCCAUUCCAUUUUGCAACUUUGUCUUUCUAUAUCAAAGAUAGAGAUUUGUACACUAUCUAAGUGAUUAUUAUGUAAAAAAUUAUUUCGGUGAUUCAAAAUUGUAAUGGGAUCAAUUGGUCAUGUAAAUUCUUCCCAAUGUGUACUAGUUGUUGAUGUUGAUGUUACUUAAUAAUAAUAAUGUACACUUGUGCACAUAUUUUCAUAGGGAGAUUCUAUGGUGCAGCCCUGUUUUGGACUUUUUUGGUGCAGUCUAUUUAAUUGACCAAUAGAAUAUCAAUUAAUUCCACAUCAGCG